CCCGCCUCACAGUUCCCGUUCUCCUUGACGGGGCAGGUGCCAGAGAUGAAGACGUCCGUCAUGGCAUCCUUCGCAAUACUUUCCGCUUCAUUCGUCAUGUCCGUGGCCUGAAGAGACUGUAAAAUAUGUGGCCAGAGGAGAUUGUAGGGUCUAUGGCCUGAAGAGACUAUAGGGACCCCAUCCCCUCGCUAUUUCCCGGUAUCGGGCAGCCGGGGCGCAUCCGAUCCCACGAUCGUCGUCGCCCCUAACUCAACACAACACAACAACAACAACAACCGGGAGGCAUCAAGUGUGACUGUGUCCAGCCCCACUUGUCACUUGUCCCUAGUCAUUGUUGAGUGUGUGGUGGAGGAUGGGAGUGUACGUGGUCCACGAGCGGCCGCUGGUGGUGACCCACACGGCCGCCACCUGCUCCAGGGCCUCCCUGGUGUGGCUACUGUGUGUCCUCCUCACCACCGUCACGCCCCUCCUCCUCGUCUACAGGAGCUCGGGACUUUGGAUAACGGAGGCAGAGAACCGUGAACAAGCAGACGUACGGUUCAAGCACCAGGUGCUUGUAAUUACUGACACAUCAUCAGGACCAGUUGUAUGGUCUACCAACUCUGCAUUUAAUUCUCUAAUGGGGAAUUAUCUUAGAGUUCCCUUGAUUAAAUCACAAGAAGUUGACAGGAAUCAUGAUGGCAUACAAGAAGGACUUGAGUUUACUCUAACAUUACCACUCUUAAGUAGUGAGUUCAUUUAUGGCACAACACUCCUACUUAUCUUCGAUUAUAGACUUCAUAAAAUGUGUGAGGUUGUGGUAGAAGGACUGGGAUUACUGCAGCACAGUAGUGCAGUCCCAAUAUCAGCUAUAUACACCAGGACUGACCUACAGCUUCAUCAGCGGCGUCCAUUACCAUAUUCUGGCAUGCACACGUUAUAUAACACAUCAGUCUUACCUUCAUCUUCAACCUCUGCAAAAGACUGGAAGCUACAAAAUAUUCUAUCUAAUUACUGGGAAAGGAAUUUGACUACACACUUCGGCAACAGUUACACAAGUGUCCAAACUGGAGAAAGUGAUUCUUUUACCAUAGAUCUUAGUAUUAAUUAUCCAGAACAAAAGUUUUCUUACAUUCCGGGUAUUUGGUUUAUCAUGAAAUGGGCUUGGGUACAGUAUUUAUCUGUCAUGGUAGUGCUUGCAUAUGGAGUUAGUUUAGUAAAAAAGUGGAUUUUUCAGAAUCAGAUUGUUUCUACAUGGGUUGAUUUUCCAAAAAAUAAAUUGUUAUAAACAAUUUUCCUUUUGGUGCAUUUAGUGAUAUACUGUACUAGUCAUAAUAUAGAUUUGAACUUCUGAGACCUGAUUAUAUUUCUAAGUCCAUAAAUGCAUGAAGGGAAAAGCUAAUGACAAAGUUCACGGAGACCUUCCCAGUUGUGAUGAUAUGUACGGAGUUUGAAGAGUUCUGUUUCCUCCUGUCGAGAAAUACAUGUCUGUAGUGAGUGAAUGCUUCUUUAUUGAUGUAUGGGUAUGUGAGGGUUGUAUGAUGUUACCCCUGGUUAUGUAAUACAUACCUUGAGCUCCUUCAUAAUGCUAUCCAAGAAUGUUAACAGCAUGUUGGUUUAGUGUAUAAGGCCACAUAUAAAAUAUUGGAUCAGGUCAAACCUGAUGUGUGCAGAUGAUUCACUUCUAGAGGAAGAUGUGAGUACAUUAGUUGCAUUUAGUUUUAUUUUACUUGAUUAUUUUGUACAUAUUUAAGUUAAAAGUAUUGGUGAGAGGAAUGGUGAUGAAAUAAAGUUAAAUGGUGAAAUGCUAGUAGUAGCUGAACAGCUUAUGUAAAAUACCUUGGAUCUGUGAUAGUGGAUUGUGCAUUUGAAGUUGAGUCAAGGAAGGAAAGUGACAAACAGAAGUUUAGAUUAGAAACAAAAAGUUCAAUAAAUGCAGCCAGAGGGUUGCAUGAAGGAGUUUGUGUUGACCUUCCUAUGUGGUUGUAAAAUGGUGUUAUGAUCAUGAAAAUUAGCCGGAUCAGUAGAAACUGAUACCUGUAAUUAUAUAAAUGUGUGGUAGAAAAAAUGGGAAUGGAAAUGUCAGAUGUCAAGUACAAAAUAGUAAAUGCAAAGUAAAUACAAAAUUCAAAGUGCAAGACUUUAGAGAAUGUACAUAGAUUGCUUAGGCAUGUUGAAUGAAUGUAUAGUGCAGUGUAUUAAGAAUGACUUUGAGUAGAGGAAGGUGGAUAGGCACGAGUAUGACCAAUGUCUUGCAUGUGACAAGGGACAGGCUGGGCUAGUUUGUAAGUGUGAAAGUAUUUAUUGUAUAUGACAAUUCACAUGAAGCACUAUAAGAGAAUACGUGUAAAGAUAUAAAAGUACUGUACUGAUGAUGAUAUGCUGUUAUGUGAAUAAAAUGAAUGGGUGGAUAGGGUAUUAUGUACUCCAACAUGUUCCCUUACACCCCAUUAAAUGGAAUGAUUAUGUAUUUAUAGAUAUGUAAAAUAAAUAAAUGUACUAUAAUAAACAUUCCUCGAAUCUAC